CGCUCACCUGCUUCCCGCGCUCGGAGCAGGCCCCGCCGGCCGGGCGGAAGGGGCCGCUUUGCAGACGGACCAGGCCCCGCGCGGGGCGGGGGGCGCUUUUCCGUGAGGCGCCGCCAGCCCCGGCCGGGCCGAGGUAGAUAUGUGCAUGCUGCUCUCCUGUGUGCACCUGAUUCGCCGACCUCUCCAGUGCAUCCAGCCUUUGCUUGUCUUGCCUUCACGCUCCUUCAUGGAUCUAAAAGCUCUAGUUUCCUCCUUGAAUGACUUUGCUUCACUCUCUCUGGCUGAAAGCUGGGACAAUGUAGGACUACUGGUAGAACCGAGCCCACCCCAUACUGUGAGCACACUCUUCCUAACUAAUGACCUUACAGAGGAAGUAAUGCAGGAGGCAUUGCAGAGGAAGGCAGAUCUUAUCCUCUCUUACCACCCACCCAUAUUCCGAGCACUCAAGCGCAUUACAUGGAAAACCUGGAAAGAGCGUCUUGUGAUCCAGGCUUUGGAACACAGAGUUGGCAUUUACUCUCCACACACAGCAUAUGAUGCCAUACCUCAUGGAGUCAAUAACUGGCUAGCCAAAGGACUUGGUGCCUGUACCUCUGUCCCACUACACCCAUCAAUGGCUCCCAACUACCCAACUGAGGGCACUCACCGGGUGGAAUUCAGUGUGGACCAUACUGAGCACCUGGAGACAAUCCUAUCUAACAUGCAAGGGAUCCCAGAGAUUUCAUCUCUGAUUACUCUCCCUGCCAGGGCUAAAGGUGAGGAGCAGACACGAGUCAGUUUGAACUGCACCCAGAAGGCGCUGCUGGAGGUGGUGGCAUUAUUGUCACGGAACAGCCUUCUUUAUCACAAGACUGAAAUAAUGUUAUUACAGAAGCCUCUGCUUCCACAUACUGGAACGGGACGCCUGUGCACGCUGAGUGAGCCAGUCUCCCUGUCAGCCUUGACCGAACGAAUCAAAAGCCACCUAAGGCUGCCUUGCAUACGCCUGGCCCUGGGAACGGGGAAGACAUUAGAAACCAAAGUGAAGGUGGCUGCUCUGUGUGCUGGCUCUGGGAGCAGUGUCCUGCAGGGUGUGGAAGCCGACCUCUAUCUCACUGGAGAGAUGUCCCACCAUGAAGUACUGGAUGCUGUUGCCAAAGGGAUAAGUGUGAUUCUGUGUGAGCACAGUAACACUGAGCGAGGCUUUCUGUCAGAGUUGCAAGAUAUGCUGGCUAAACACUUAGAGAAUAAGAUCACUAUCAUUGUGUCAGAGAGAGACAGAGACCCUCUUCAGGUGAUAUAGAAGAAAGCAAGGGUCAUAGCAUGGAGUCCAGAGUGUCCCCCAUACUGCCUUAAUGCAAAUGCAAACUUGAUUAAGAUGCUCUGAACUAGUGCAGUCCAGAAUAACUAUAUAAUACAUUCCCCAAAGUGUAGGAGAGGUAAAAUCUCUAUCAGGUAAAAAACGUUAAUUUUGGACUGACACACUAUUUCCUAAAGAUUAUUUCUUGCUGCAGUCAGUAGGGAUGGGAUCAUAAGAAUGUAACUGAGUAAUCAAGCAAGAACAAUAUAGAUUGAUGACAUCAAGCCUAUGUAUCUUUGUUUCAUAGCACCCCCCCAGUACUAGAAUAUGUCCCUAAUUAUCAGUACAAGUGACUUACAUUUUAGGGAGUGGAACUCCUGUUAAUAUUUCAUUAACUAUUUAUAGAUCAUUGAUUCUGAAUACUAAUGCACAGCAAACUGUAUAAAAAAUGUGGAACAAGAUUGUGGCAUUUGGUACAAAUAUGUGUUUAUUGGUGUUGCAUUAAAGUUCUUCCAUCACAAGAAUUGGGAAAUUUCA